AUGUCGUUCAACUUCAAAUGGCCGACCUUCUCGGAAGAGUUCCACACCAGCGCGGCGCAGAUGCUCAACAGCGCGCUCAAUCGUGGUCCCAAACCCAAAGUGAUUGCAGAUGACAUCCUCGUCGAGGAGCUUGGCAUGGGUACCAUCCCACCAGAACUCGAAAUCCUCGAGAUCGGCGACCUUGGAACCGAUCGCUUUCGUGGCAUCUUUCGACUCACUUACGCCGGCGAUGCACACCUCGUCCUCAAAACCAAGGUGCAGGCCAACCCUCUCUCGAAACCCAAUCGACCCGAUAUCGGACUCUUUCCCUCCUCCAAUGCUUCGAGAGGCAUCCUCUUUGCCGCUGCACCGCUUGUCGUACCGAUGCAUCUGCGUCUCUCUUCCGUAAAGCUCCGUGCCAUCGUCGUCCUCGUAGUCUCCAAAGCGAAGGGCAUCACGCUCGUCUUCAAGAAUGAUCCCUUGGAAAGCGUCGAGGUCAGCUCCACCUUUGACAGUGUUGCCGUCAUUCAGAAAUACCUUCAACAAGAGAUCGAAGGUCAACUUCGCGAGAUGUUCAGGGAAGAUCUGCCUGGAAUCAUUCAUAGGCUCAGUCAAAAGUGGCUCAGCGGCGAGGUCAAGUCCGAGAAAGAAAGAGCCAAGCAGAAGGCCGAAGCAGAGGAACCUGCUUCAAGCUCAAGAGAGCCCACACUCACCCGCUCUACCAGCGAGCCUCUUGUUUCCAUCGAGACUGCAUCCGCGCCAGGCGGCACGCCACGCAAGUCGCAAUCGAAAAGUAAAAAGCAAGCCAAGUCCGGCACAAGCGUCGCCAGAUCCGCCUCCUCGCCAAGUCGAUCGCCUCAAAAACCACGUCCGAACGUGCGCCGACCUCGCCACGUUGCAAAAGCUGCCUCUACAUCAGCCGUACCGCUUCAUGCCGACCUUCCUGCCUCGCUUUCUUCGCCCUUCGAUGCUGCCUUCCCCGACAUUGAAAACUACGACCCGACCUACGGCUUGCGCCCGGACGACCUGCCUACUCAUUCCGGAUUCUCUGGUCUCGGCCGUCUUGCUCAACGUGGCCUCGGUGGUCUCAAGGAUCUCACCGCGUCUCCGGCGUUGGAUUUCGGUCCGGCGCCAGAAACGACCCCGGACGUCGAUCUCGAGCAAUCCUUCAUGUUCGAAGAUCUCGACAGGCAGUCAGUCGAGGUUGACUCGGAGAUCGAGCAGGGUCUAGAUGCUUACAGCAGCUCGCAAGAUGGCGACCGCACCGAGGACGACGUGACCACCGACUCGGAACUCGAUGCAGCCUCGGACGAAGUUGCGGACGACGUCUCGGACAUGGACGUGCAAGAGAGAGACGGCAUCGUCGACACAUCGCUCGACUACAGUCGCUUCGGGUAUCCUCCCGCUUCAGCCGCCUUUUCGGACACAAAUGAGCUCCACCGUGCCUCUUCCAUCAUCUUCGAUGAUCAACCUCAGCUUUCACGAAAGCGCAGCAAGCGAGGCUCGGUCUCUGGUCGGCCCACGCCAGGCGCAAGACGGCCGUCCUCUAGCCGCUCGGAGAGGUCAGCAAGCACCUCGGCUCCGAAGAAGAAGGAAGAGCCCGAGGUAGUCUACGAGACCAUCCCGGCAGUGGGCGGAGGCACUAUCACGAGGCCACGAGUCUAUCAUAUUGCCAGUAAGGUGCAGCCGCCCGAGGUGGACUGGGACGACGAAGAUACCGCGCGCCCGUCUCAGUACGGUGGCACCCCAUCUACAAGGACGGGUGCGACACGAUUCGGCUCAGAUUACGGCAGCGCCACCAUGGGUGCUCAGAGCUCACGCACAAACACCGUUCGGGGCCCGUAUGACUCGCCUCACCUCGAGUCUGCCUUUGUGUCGCGGGACAGCAGCGAAGACAGCUUGGUCGAUCUUCCGCCCGAGUCCCACCACAGCAGCGACGCAUCGUUACAGCAUGCCAAGGAAGCGGAGCGCUCAUCUGUCUCGGGCUCAGAUUCAAGAAGAGGCAUGACGCCGGAGUCUUCCUUCCGCGACCUCUCCAUCCAGGAAUGGAAUCAGAGCGCCGCCAGUACCACUCCGACCUCAUUCCUGUCGCAACAGCGGGAUGCGCACAACAGACACGACGUAGCAGCGCGGUCGGCCAGUGCCACAGCCGGCUCGCGUCCUGAGUACAAUUCGGGCCUGUCCUUCCGCAAGAACAAGAGUGCGAAUCAUCAACGCUCCUUGACCAUGGGUGGCGCUGGAGACGGCAGCCUGCCAUCUCAGCGACUCGGCGAGGGCCCUGGCAUGUUUGCCACUCCAGCUCGAAGUCGAGAAUCAGCUGCAAGAUCGACGACAUCUCGACCAGGCUUCAUCACAUAUGCCACGUCUCCGCCCGGCGACUCGUCUGCCUGGCAGCGCAGCCCACCGCUGCGUGCGUCCUCGGAUCGCGACGCAGCGUUGUCGACGUCUCCAGGCACCGCACAGGACCUGCUUUCCACCUCUCCCUUCCGCGACUCGAGCUUGCAUCAUGGAAGCCCGAGGGGUGCGUCCAACACUGCAGGCGCAUACGCCAGCGCGAAAAACAGCCCACAGACAGGCGGACACAACAAAGGCGCCCAAGGUUCGGGUUCCGCACCGACUCGAUUGUCGAUCGAUGCUUCGGCCCACUUUUUGGACCUGGUCAAGUCCAAUCAUACCUUGAGUCCCUUCACGAGGAGCAUGGAGCACUUUACCGUGCGAAGUGCGCCCGUGACGCCUGGAUGGCAAACGGCGUCUGGUAGCGCGAGUGCGGUAGGAAGCAGCGCUGCAAGCGGAACGGGCACCACCAGCGGAAGUUCUCAAACCGGAGCCAAGGCGAAGCAGCGUCAGCACGGUAGCGGUGGAUCGGGUUCGCACGAUCAUCUUUCCGGUGACCGAGCUAGGGUAGAGCACAAGACACAGCAUCAAACAAGUUCGGCGGCACCAGCUUCGGCGUUACCUGCUCGACGGCGACGAACGUUCCAGCUGGGAGGCUCGAACUCGUCCAGCGACGAUGCCGUUUCGACCAAGACGAGCCGAGCAGACCAACGCGAAGGGUCACCGUCCAACAGCGACGAGCGUGGCUUUGCGACUUUUGCUGGUUCAGGCCCCAAACCGUUCCGAGCGCCAGGAUCGUCAGCGUCGUCUGCAGUGACCGAUUCUUCUUCUGGCAAGGGCAAUCGAUCGGGAAACAAGGAUCUGCGCAGGAGAAGCCGACCCGAUUCGAUGGGCCCUCCUUCCGAAGCUGCUAGGUUGAGCGCGUUGCGGUGGGAGGCGAUUCGUGAAUAG